CUCGCUAUUCGUACGAAACCUGAGGGUGAAUACAGUAUUGACAAGUUAUGGCCAGUCAUGCUGGACUAACUGCUUCGGAUAAAUUAAGUAAUUGUAAUCAUUGCUGUCAGCAAUCAGUUUUCCAGUAACACCACAUUGAUUUCGAUAGACAUGAUUGAAAAGUCGGGGGAUUUCAAUGGGGAGGAAGCUGAACCUUUCAAACGACAGGGGUCACUAAGGAAGGUUUUGCCCCCCAAUCCCAGCAGUGAAGGUCCAAUGAGCCUGUCAGCGAAGAUGAUAGACCGCCCUGCAGUGUCAAACAGAAAUGUCAACAGAGCAUACAGCUCUUACCUUCAGGAAUAUAGCAUCAUUGCUGAAUAUGGCAUGGUUCGUGAACAAAGUAUUCCCGGUGUUUAUGUUAUUCCAUCAGCGAAAUCAUCUCUCUUGUGGUUUGGAGUUCUUUUUGUCCGGCAAGGCAUGUAUCAAGGAGGUGUAUUUCGUUUCACUUUGUCUGUCCCUGAAAAUUUUCCAGAGACUAAAAGUCCACCACGCAUAACUUUCCAGUCACCUAUGUUUCACCCACAAGUUGACAUGAAAUCAGGAGAGAUGAAUGUCAAACGCGAAUUUCCAGAAUGGAGGAAAGGUUUCCAUCAUUUAUGGCAGGUUCUAGAGUACAUGCGCACAGCAUUCUACAUGCUGGAUGUGAAGGAGCCUGUAAAUGAAGAAUGCAGUGAAAUGUUUAAAAGCAAUCCAGAGCUUUUUUCUGAAAAACUGAAAUUAUGUGUGAAGAAUAGCCAAGACCAUCUCUAUGAUCCGCCACCUGUGGAUGAUCCUCAUUAUUUAAGAUUUGAUCCAUAUGAUAAAGAAAAACAUGAUCCUGUUCGAGAAUCUAUUCUUCAUCCACAGAGAAAUAAUGGAAGCCCAAACUCACUCGGAUUGUCAUGGGUUCAACCAGGAUCUUUGGAGCCAUUUUCAAAGCCCAGUUCGUGAUUUUCCGGCUCAUUUCUUGUGAUAUACAUUGUUGGUUGUUAUUACUUUUUAAUUUCAUUGUUUUGUACAGUACUGAUUUUACCCCCAAAUCCUAGGAAAGUAUUUUACCUCUAUAUUUUUUGUAUGGUAUUGAAUUUUAGCCAUGUCAUUAUUUUGAAACGUAUUAUUUGCUUAAUUCAGAGUUAUAUUUUACUUGUUAUAGGAUUCGUUUUGCACUUUGACCAGUAAUUUUAUCUGCUGUAUUUAUUAUUUAUGUGUAUAUAGACAAAGGAGGAAGUAUGUCACCUUUUCUCUGCCUCCCAAUUUUUAUUGUAUGUUUAUUAUGAAUUGUGGUCAACCAUAAUUACUUUUGUCUUGUGUAAUUGCUGCCAUAGAGAGUCCCCAAAUAUUUUAACAUAGUGACUGUUUAUUUUAGAAUGGUGCAUGCAGUUUGUGUGCUUAUACUGUAAUCAACUUGAUAACUGAUCAAAUUUGCUUAUUCUGCUGAAUGGAAAAGAACUCCUCUACUGAAUGUGUUUCACUAUCAUUGGAAUGGAAAUUUUAUCCUUUCCCUAAUUUAUGACCUUUGUGUAGGGAAAAGUGUAAGCGCACAAGAAAACUGAGCUGCUGGAUCACUAUGAAGGACCAAUGACUUAAUUAUAGACUUUUAAAAGAAACUAA